AUGACUCCGACCAAGGCAACGAGGACGUCUCCACGCAAGAAGGCAUGGGCCUCUCCACCGAAAGCCACUGCCAUGUUUCAAAGUGACCUUUUUGUGAGUUUUUCUCAGAUUAUCUAGAGACUUUUGUCCGUUCUCAGAAGGCUGAGGACUUUGCCGAUCUGUCGAACAGGUCAUGGGCCGAGAUCACCGAAGAAGACGAGGAAUUGUCUGCCCGCAUCGAUGAAAGACUGACCAAGAGCGAUUCGCGCAGGAAGGGACAGCCGAAGAGGGUAAGAGCAGCACGCGGACAGUUAUCGAUUGAAUUAUCAUUUCAUUUUUAGGCCAAUCAGGCGAAAACUAAGUUUGUCCGCUCUAUGGAGCUGACGAAUGAAGUUUUCCAAGCUUCGUCAUCUCGCCGUACCACGAGAAGCAAGUCGCGAACACGUAAUGGAAAUGUUGUCAUCGAGACUGAGGAGGUCGAACAGACCGAGACGAUAACUCUGGAGACUUCGGCGGGACCUAUCAGUCGCAAGAGAUGUCUCUCGAACGCUUCAACCAUCAACGAGGAAGCAUCUCCAACAAAGCGCCGUCCCGAAACCGGAAAGUCGAAUCGUAAGGCUCCGCGAGCACGUAUCUACAAGAACUCGGACAGCUCGAGCGUGACAAGCAGCCCAUCACGAAAAGACCAUUGGGAGGAACCAACUCUUGGAUGGUGCAAGGACGAAGCCACUCUGACGAGACGCUCAAGGGUAACUUGUGACGUUGAGUGGAACGCGUUAUCCAUUUUUCGUUUUCAGGAAAUUGAAAGAGCAAAGGAAAAGGCUGUCUAUAAGAAAUACGCCGCCGAGGUGCCACUGCGCGAUCGCAUCAAGGGAGUUCAUCCCCGCACUCCGAACAAGCUCAUCAACUUCAGUCGCCGCAGUUGGGACACUCAGGUUCGUGGGAUCGAAAAGUUACAUUUUGACGAAACGAUACGUUUAGGUGAAGAAGUGGAAGAGAAGCCUGUACGAGUACUGCGGAGAGGAGCCUUCCGAGUCAGUGAACACCUCGUUCUGCAGCUAUUCGGACGACGCUAUGAGUGUGGCUAGCGAUGUUGGGGACGAGAAAGAAGUCGAAAACAGAUCGGUUGUGAAGGAUCUCGAAAUCCCGGUAUGAAUUGAAACUUCGUGCCUUUUUAGAGUUUUACUAUCUGCAGGUGCGCCCGGAAAUCGAUUGCAUGGCAUCGCUGCUCGGCAAGUUUGAUGUCGAUUCUCAAAUGGGAAUGGUCGACGAAAGUACUUUGAAGGCCUCGAGCAAGAUGGAUCCAUCGGCCCCAACCGACUUCUCGAAGCUGCACCAACUGAACCAGCAUUAA